UAAUGCAGGCAUAUCUGAAGACCUAAGCAUUUUAUUGCCACUGACUAUUAUAACAUCACUGAAAAAAUACAACUGGGGCGCCCUUUCCUUUGAAAUGAAGGUUUGCAAAACAAAUAUUUCAUCAAAAUCAGCCAUGCGUGGUCCUGGUGAGGUACAAGGAUCUUUUAUUGCCGAAGCUGUUAUUGAGCAUGUGGCAUCAAUUCUGUCAGUCCAUGCUGAUUCAAUUAGGAAGAUAAAUCUUCAUGACUUUGAAAGUCUCACAAAGUUUUUUGAAGGUGCUGCAGGAGAACCUUUUGAAUAUACUUUACCUUCUAUUUUCAAUAAAUUCACAUCAUAUGCGAGUUAUCAGGACCGUGCUGAAAUGAUCCAGCAGUUCAAUAGCUGCAACAGAUGGAAAAAACGUGGUCUUUCUUGUGUACCCGUUGUAUAUCAAGUGACGGUCAGGCCAACGCCAGGGAAAGUAGGCAUUCUAAAUGAUGGUUCAAUUAUUGUAGAAGUUGGAGGAGUUGAAAUAGGCCAGGGACUCUGGACGAAAGUAAAACAAAUGGCAGCUUUUGCUCUUGGACAACUAUGGGAUGAUGGAAGUCAGGACCUUCUGGAAAGGGUAAGAGUUAUUCAAGCCGAUACAUUUAGUCUUAUUCAAGGAGGAUGGACAGCAGGGAGCACCACAUCUGAAUCAAGUUGCGAAGCUGUUCGUCUUGCCUGCAAUAUCUUGGUUGACAGACUAAAGUUUCUCAAGGACAGCUUGCAACAGAAAAUGGGUUCAAUUUCAUGGGAUGCCUUAAUACUGCAGGCAAAUACUCAAGCAGUCAAUCUAUCAGCAAGUAGUUAUUGGGUUCCUGACCCUAGUUCCAAAGAGUAUCUAAAUUAUGGUGCUGCUAUAAGUGAGGUGGAGAUCGAUCUUUUUACUGGAGCUACCACAAUUUUGCGGACAGAUCUUACCUAUGAUUGUGGCAAGAGCUUAAACCCUGCUGUUGAUUUAGGACAGAUCGAAGGUUCUUUUGUUCAAGGUAUUGGGUUCUUUAUGUCGGAGGAGUUCAUCACAAACUCUGAGGGAUUAGUAGUGACAGAUGGAACUUGGACAUACAAAAUUCCUACUGUCGACACCAUCCCAAAACAGUUCAACGUUGAAUUUCUGGAUAGCGGGCAUCAUGAAAAGCGUGUUCUUUCCUCAAAAGCAUCUGGGGAACCCCCUUUGCUUUUAGCAGCCUCCAUUCACUGUGCAACAAGAGAAGCAAUCAAAGCAGCUCGAGACGAAUUUAACUACACUACGCCUUCCGCUUCUCCGGCUACAUUUCAAAUGAAUGUUCCUGCAACCAUGCCAGUGAUCAAGGAACUCUAUGGCCUCGACAUUGUAGAAAGAUACUUGGAAAACUCAUUAUCUGUUCAUCAACUGAAGAAAGUAUGAUGUCUUCCAAAUUAUUCAGUCUGCCACAUCCUAUGCUUACCAAACUCCAUUCCACUAAUCAAAAGGCGGGCAUUUCCUGGUUCAAUAGAAGGAAAUAUUUUUUUUUAGAAUACUACUUAUUAUCAGAGUAUUAUUUCUUCCCAAAUAACUGAGCAUGAAGAGAAGAUACAGUUGCUUGCCUUUGUUCUAUUAUUGUUCUGGAAUUGAUGAUGUAAUUUUUUUUUCUUCAAUUUUUUUUUAAUUUACAGUUUUAUGAAAUAGCUUUCACGGAGUGUGUUUGGGGUUAUUUAUUUGUACAU